GCGCAUCCACUCAUCGAUUCGUCCAACCCCUUCCACUGCAGGCCGCGGCUGCGCUCGCUCCACUCCCCUCCCGCACAAGCGCGACCAGAUGGCCGCCGCCUCCUCCUCCUCCUCUCCCACCGCCUGCUUCCUCUCCCCUCCGUGCCCGCCGCCUCGCCGCCCGCGCCAUUUCCUCAAACACCUCGCGUGCGCCGCGGCCACAAAGCCCGCGCCCGCCGCUUCCUCAAACACCUCCUCCUCCCGCUCGCUCGCCCUCCCCUUGCCCGCGCCCACGCCGUGGCCGUGGCCGCCGCGGUGGCUAGGCGAGCUGGUCCCCGCGGAGGCGGCGGGGCGGCUGCUGUCGUCGGCCGCGGGCUCCCUCAUCGUCGCGCUCGCCUCCGCGGCGCUGAUCCUCGGCGACGCCGGCGCGGCCUCCGCGUUCGUGGUCGCCACGCCGCGGAAGCUGCAGGCGGACGAGCUCGCCACCGUGCGCCUCUUCCAGGAGAACACGCCCUCCGUCGUCUACAUCACCAACCUCGCCGUGAGGCAGGACGCCUUCACGCUCGACGUGCUCGAGGUGCCGCAGGGGUCUGGGUCGGGGUUUGUCUGGGAUAAGAGCGGACACAUUGUCACCAAUUUCCAUGUCAUCCGUGGCGCCUCGGACCUCAGGGUCACACUUGCUGAUCAGUCAGUGUAUGAAGCACAAGUUGUUGGGUUUGACCAGGACAAGGAUGUUGCUGUUUUGCGUAUCAAAGCACCAAAGGAUAAACUAAGACCUAUACCAGUCGGUGUGUCAGCAGACCUACUGGUUGGUCAGAAAGUAUAUGCCAUUGGAAACCCAUUUGGCCUUGACCACACUCUGACAACAGGUGUUAUCAGUGGACUGCGUAGAGAAAUCAGUUCAGCUGCCACAGGACGACCUAUACAAGAUGUGAUACAGACUGAUGCUGCUAUCAACCCUGGUAACAGUGGUGGUCCACUCCUUGAUAGUUCUGGAAAUUUGAUAGGUGUAAACACUGCUAUAUACUCACCUUCAGGAGCAUCAUCUGGUGUUGGGUUUUCCAUUCCAGUUGAUACUGUUGGGGGCAUUGUGGAUCAACUUAUAAAGUUUGGUAAGGUGACCAGACCUAUUUUGGGAAUAAAAUUUGCCCCUGAUCAAUCUGUGGAGCAGCUUGGAUUAAGUGGAGUGCUUGUCUUGGAUGCUCCUUCAAAUGGACCAGCUGGCAAAGCAGGUCUGCAAUCAACCAAGCGAGAUGCCUACGGUCGUCUUAUCCUGGGGGAUAUAAUUACUUCUGUGAAUGGUACGAAGGUAACAAAUGGAAGCGACUUGUACCGGAUAUUGGAUCAGUGUAAAGUUGGGGAAACGGUGACGGUGGAAGUCUUGCGUGGUGACCAUAAGGAGAAGAUCCCUGUGAUCCUUGAACCAAAGCCUGAUGAAUCAUAGGAGAAACCAGGUUCUUCGUACUCAUUUCCUCACUUAGGUGCAGAGACACAAAUAUACAAGGCGUUAGCAUUUCGCCUACCACGACCCACGGGAUCCAUUGUACAUAAUUCAUGCUUGUAAAUCUAACUAUCUCUGGUCUGGUGGAAAAGGUUAUCCAAGUUGCCUUGAUGCUAUCGUGUAUCAUGCUUGCUUUUUCUUCGGCCUCUUCAAUACAGAUGUGCCAUACAUCAUACUCA